GGGGCGGCGCUGGCAGGUUCCAGACGGUUGCCAACCGAGCCCGAAGACGGGGUGGCUGCUUCCUUCACAACGCGGAAGUACGAGCUGCCACACACGCACACGAGAGUGAGUGAGAGAGAGAAAGAGGACGUGAGGUGAAACGAAACGUGUGACAGUCAGCAGCAAGUCCCGGGAGUUCCAAGCUAGCGGCGAUGAAUGAGCAUCAGGCGGCGGCGGCGGGAGGUGACAGUCCGGCCCCAUCAAAUGGAGACGCCGACGGCAAGAGGAAAGUGGCCAUCAUCACCGGCAUCACCGGACAGGAUGGCUCCUAUUUGGCAGAAUUCCUUUUGCAGAAGGGUUAUCAGGUGCAUGGCAUCAUACGCCGAUCUAGUUCUUUCAACACCGGGCGUAUAGAGCACUUGUACAAGAAUCCUCGCACACACUUGGAAGGAAAUAUGCGGCUGCACUAUGGGGACCUCACAGAUAGCACAUGUCUAGUUAAGAUCAUUAACGAAGUGAAACCCACUGAAAUCUAUAACCUGGGUGCACAGAGCCAUGUUAAAAUCUCUUUUGACCUAGCAGAGUAUACGGCAGAUGUUGAUGGUGUUGGGACACUUAGACUUCUGGAUGCCAUUAAAACCUGUGGCCUUAUAAAUGCAGUGAAGUUCUAUCAAGCCUCCACCAGUGAACUGUUUGGCAAAGUACAGGAAAUUCCACAAAAGGAGACUACCCCUUUCUACCCUCGGUCACCAUAUGGAGCAGCCAAGCUUUACGCCUACUGGAUUGUGGUGAACUUCAGGGAGGCUUACAACCUUUUUGCUGUCAAUGGCAUUCUUUUCAACCAUGAAAGUCCAAGAAGAGGGUCUAAUUUUGUAACUCGGAAAAUUAGUCGGUCAGUGGCUAAGAUUCACCUCAGACAGCUGGAUUGUUUUAGCUUGGGCAAUCUGGAUGCCAAGAGAGAUUGGGGUCAUGCCAAGGACUACAUUGAGGCAAUGUGGUUAAUGGUGCAACAGGAUGAACCAGAGGAUUUUAUCAUAGCCACAGGAGAAGUGCACAGUGUUCGAGAAUUUGUUGAAAAAGCCUUCAAACACAUUGAGAAAACCAUUGUAUGGGAAGGUGAGGGUGAAAAUGAAGUGGGAAGGUGCAAGGAAACAGGCCAAAUCCAUGUGAGGGUCGAUCCCAAGUACUACAGGCCUACUGAAGUGGAUUUUCUGCAAGGAGACAGCACCAAAGCGCUGCAGAAACUAGGAUGGAAGCCAAGAGUUGCAUUUGACGAACUGGUCAGGGAGAUGGUAGCGGCUGAUAUUGAGCUGAUGAAGACUAAUCCAAACGCCUGAGGCCGGAUACCAUUCCACACAUAAGCCAGGGCCGCAAGACUUCUUCAUGAACACUGGGUGCAAUGCAAUAAUGAGAAAGGAGCAAUCCACAAGGGAACGAGGGAACAUGAUUCACAUAUUUUUUUUAAAAAGGGUGCUAAGUGAUGUGCUCUUACAACACCACUCAAACGACAUAAAUGAUUGGUUAUAUGGGACUGAUUGAUGGAAACAAUGUUUAAUGAUGGAAAUGAUUUUUUUUUGUUUUAAACUGCCAUUAAUGUUGGAAAGACCACCUCAUAGACGGGAGAGGGGCGACGCUUUUAUACUUUUCCGCCUUGAACAAGGUUCUGUCUUAAACCUGGCGUGUUACUGAAAAUAAUUCUGUCGAUUAAAACACGUAGGUGCAGGGUUUCAACCGUU